UUUUGAGCGACGAGCACUUCCGGGGUUUCCCGGCAACUUGGCGUGGUCGGCUCAUCAAAGUCAGUUCCUGGACUCACGUGCGUCAACUAGGUUUGCUUGAGGCCCUGCGCGUCUCCGUUUCUCUGCCUCAUGGCGGGGCUGACCCUGUUUGUGGGCCGCCUCCCGCCCACGGCCCGCAGCGAGCAGCUUGAGGAGCUAUUCAGUCAGGUGGGGCCGGUGAAGCAGUGCUUCGUGGUGACCGAGAAAGGGAGCAAGGCAUGUCGUGGCUUUGGCUACGUCACUUUUUCUAUGCUGGAAGAUGUCCAGAAGGCCCUCAAGGAGAUUACCACCUUCGAAGGUCGCAAGAUCAACGUGAUUGUUGCCAAGAAAAAACUGAGGAACAAGUCAAAGGAAAAGGGGAAAAACGAAAACUCAGAGUCCCCAAAGAAGCAGCCUAAGCCUAAGAAAGCCAAAGUGGCAGAUAAGAAAGCCAGAUUGAUUAUUCGGAACCUGAGCUUUAAGUGCUCAGAAGAUGACUUGAAGACAGUAUUUGCUCCAUUUGGAGCUGUCCUAGAAGUGAACAUCCCUAGGAAGCCAGAUGGAAAGAUGCGUGGUUUUGCUUUUGUUCAGUUCAAAAACCUCCUAGAAGCAGGAAAGGCUCUCAGAAGCAUGAACAUGAAGGAGAUAAAAGGGCGGACAGUGGCUGUGGAUUGGGCUGUGGCGAAGGAUAAAUAUAAAAAUACACAGCCUGCCUCUGCCCCAGGUGAGGAGAAGAGGCCUGGAUCUGAAAAUCAGGAAUUAGGUCAAGAGAAUGGCAGGGAAGAAGGAGAUAUGGACGAGAAGGAGGGGGAGGAGAGUGGUGAGGACAGUGAGGAAGAGGAAGAUGAUGAAGAGGAGGAGACCAAGGGACCAAAGGUGACCAAGCCUGUGCAGAUUCAGAAGAGAGCAAUCAAGAGGGCAGCGCCUGCCGAAAGCAGUGAAGAGGAGCUUUCUGAUGAUGACAGUGACCUGGAGGAAGGAGAUAGUUUUGAUGAUGGAGAGGAGCUGGCUCAGAGUGAUACCAGCACCGAAGAGCAAGAGGAGGAAGGCUCGAAGAAGAAGAAGAAGAGGAAAUUACCCUCUGAUGUGAAUGAAGGGAAAACUGUCUUUAUCAGAAACCUGUCCUUUGACUCAGAGGAAGAAGACCUUGGGGAGCUCCUCCAGCAGUUUGGAGAUCUUAAAUAUGUCCGCAUCGUCUUGCAUCCAGACACAGAGCAUUCUAAAGGUUGUGCAUUUGCCCAAUUUAUGACUCAAGAAGCAGCUCAGAAGUGCCUUGAAGCUGCUUCUCCAGAGACUGAGGGUGGUGGGCUCAAACUGGAUGGCCGUCAGCUCAAGGUUGACUUGGCAGUGACCCGUGAUGAGGCUGCAAAGCUCCGGACAAAGAAGGUGAAGAAGCCGACGGGAACUCGGAACCUCUAUCUGGCCCGAGAAGGCUUGAUUCGUGCUGGGACGAAGGCUGCAGAGGGUGUGAGUGCUGCUGAUAUGGCCAAAAGAGAACGAUUUGAGCUGCUGAAGCAUCAGAAACUCAAGGACCAGAAUAUCUUUGUCUCCCGGACCAGGCUGUGCCUGCAUAAUCUCCCAAAGGCCGUGGAUGACAAGCAGCUCAGAAAGCUGCUGCUGAGUUCCACAAGAGGGGAGAAGGGAGUGCGCAUCAAGGAGUGUCGGGUGAUGAGAGACCUCAAAGGAGCUCAUGGGAAAGUUAAGGGUCAGUCCUUGGGCUACGCCUUUGCAGAGUUCCAGGAGCACGAGCAUGCCCUGGCCGCCCUGCGCCACAUCAACAACAAUCCAGAAAUCUUUGGGCCUCAGAAGAGACCAAUAGUGGAGUUCUCUUUGGAAGAUCGAAGGAAACUUAAAAUAAAGGAAAUGAGGAUGCAGCGCAGCCUGCAAAAAGUGAAAUCCAAGUCUGCAACUGGUGAGCCCCAGCAGGAGCCACCAGAGAUGGGGAAAAAACAGCAACAGAAAGCAGCUCAGAACCACACGCAAGAGCAAAGCAAGGCCCCCGUGGAGCAGAAGGGGAAGGUGGGCUCCGUCUCGUGGACAGGGUUCCAGACCAAGGCCGAAGUGGAGCACGUGGAGCUGUCUGAUGGAAAGAAGAGAAGAAAGGUCCUGGCGCUCCCCUCUCACCGAGGCCCCAAAAUCAGGUUGCGGGACAAAGGCAAGAUGAAGUCUCUCCCUCCCAAGAAGCCAAAGCCCCAGGUAAACCAUUGGAAGCAAGAGAAGCAGAAAUUAUCUUCCAAGCAGGUGCCUAGGAAAAAAGCUCAGGGAAAUAAGGCAGAAAUUCGCUUCAACCAGCUGGUCGAACAAUAUAAGCAGAAGUUAUUGGGACCUUCUAAAGGAGCUCCUCUUGCAAAGAGGAGCAAAUGGUUCGACAGUUGAUAAUGCCAACAGACUGGAUAAGGAGCUGGAUUGUGUGCUUCUUGGUGAAGCCCCCCUCCCCCCAUGUCAUUUACUGCGGGAAAGAAACCACUGAGUGCCCUGCCACUUUGUUGGGGGCCCCUCUGGGCCGUGCACAUCUGAACUUGCGUCUCUCCCUGGUGUGCGGUUAGUUAACCAAGAAGAGGAAUAUCAGAAAGACAUCAUGAUGCUUCUUGCAUGUUUCGUGCGAAGGUGUGUCUAUAAUUCUUACGCAUUUUAAUUCUUUGUUUCUCAAAUGGUAACAGUUAUAAAAAGCAUUCUUUAGUGCUGAA